UUCCCGCCAAAAACGUGAUGAAAGGAGUUACUCGAGAGAGUCAUAUAGCUCGCCGUUUCACGGGACUGUCACGCUUCAAAUCCCUCAACUACUCGCCACGUUUAUAACCGGACCACCUCCUUCUGCCACGUAAACCCAUAAUUCUCCGUUAGCAGUAAUGAUUAAAGAUAACAAAACAAGUAUGUCUUUCCUCUUUCACAAUUUGGUGCGUGCAGUUUGCAAAAUUGCCCUUUCUCUCUUUUUUGUUCUAUACUUAAAGUUACUAUAAUCUCUAUAAGUUAUCUCGUAAUCAUUUUCUUAAAAGUGACUAUGAGGGUUCCUGCUGGGUUUCUUGCUUGGCUAUGGAGCUUUCUGUGCUUCUUGCCCUUCUUCUUCUUGCUCCUUCUUCUUGGCCUUGUCAAAGCUACUAUAAUUUGUCCGUUGGUAGUGGGGAUUAUUGUGAUUGGUAAUUCAGCUGUGAUUAUUGGUCUUUGGAUUGCUCAUUUUCUAUGGACUUUCUAUUGUGUUGCAAGAACCAAGAGACUUGGGCUUGUUCUGAAGAUUUUGGUGCUGCUAUUAUUGCCACUGCCUUUGAUCCUCUGGCCAGUUAUUGGAAUUGUUGCAAGUCUUUUGGGUGGAUUUGGAUAUGGGUUCUUUGCUCCUCUUAUUGCUACGUUUGAGGCUGUUGGACAGAAUGUUAGGGAUAAAUGCUACCAUUGUUUUGUUGAUGGUUGUUUAUCCACUAUAAAUGGGAGCUGCACAGUGGUCCGAGAUUUUACUGAUUUUUGCUUCCAUUCUUACUUCUCUUACAUGGAUGAACUUAGUGAGAAAGUGCCAGAAGGUGAAAAACCUAUCGAUAUAAAGUUAUCAAGAUUGCCAAGUUGUUUGUUAGUAAUCCUGAUUGGCGUGCCUGUAGAUGUGCUUAUGAUUACAGCUGUUGCUUUUUGGAAAAGCCCAUUCAUGCUGUUCAAAGGAUGGAAAAGGCUAUUAGAAGAUUUGAUUGGUAGGGAAGGGCCAUUCUUGGAGACGGUAUGUGUUCCAUUUGCUGCCCUUGCCAUCAUCCUUUGGCCUUUGGGUGUUAUAGGAGCUGUGCUAGGGGCAAUCGUAUCCAGCUUCUUUCUGGGUCUUUACAGCGCCGUGAUAGUUCAUCAGGAAGACUCACUCUUCAUGGGACUUGCCUAUGUUGUAGCCGUGGUUUCUCUAUUUGACGAGUAUGUAAACGAUCUACUUUACUUAAGAGAAGGGUCACGACUGCCAAGGCCAAGGUAUAGGAAAAACAUGGGCGACCUGGAUGCAGAUGAAAGCAAAAAUGGUAUCAAGAACAGAAGAGAAAACUCACUGGAAACAAGACUAUCCUCACAAAGAUCAAGAACACUGAAGUUGGCAAUCCAACAAUAUAAACCAGUUCAUGUUUGGGAUUGGUUAUUUAAAUCCUCCGAGGACAAUGGCAGGAUACUUCUUCGCGACAACCUGAUAAAUAUCAAGGACAUAGAGGCAUGCUUAAUGAAGGGCGAUUGUAAGAAGUUAAGCAUCAAACUUCCAGCUCUGUCCUUAGUACAAUGUCUGCUUGCCUCUGCAAAGUCCGACUCAUCUGGGUUGGUGAUCUCUGAUGAUGCAGAAUUGACAAGGAUUAAUGGACCAAGGGAUAAAUUGUUUGAAUGGUUAAUUGGACCGCUGUUGAUCAUGAAAGAACAAAUAAAGCAACUCCAAUUAGAUGAAAACGAAGAAGCCUGCCUGAAAAGGAUUAUUAUGAAGUGCCAAAAUGAAAAGCUUGAAGAUUGGGAUGACUUCGGGUUUCCAUCAAAUGACAACCUCAGAAGAGCACAGUUACAAGGCAUAAUUAGAAGAUUGGAGGGCAUUGUAAGUUCUAUGACCCGCAUACCAACCUUUCGGCGCCGCUUUAUGAAUUUAAUGAAGGUACUGUAUGUAGAGGCAAUUCAGGCUGCUGCUUCCUCUGGUCAUAGUAGAGGAUCAUCAAAAUUCAAACAUGCAGGCAAGAGCUCAAAUGAGAAUGGAAACAGAAAAGGGAGCAGAAAUGAAACUGAAAAUGAAUCACGACUAAAGACAUGUCAGAGUGAGAAUGUAGUGUGAUUAGAAUUCCAUGGAAAUGAGGAACUUUGUGUGUAGGAAGAUGCUAGGCUCUUAGUGCAAGAUACUUUCAACUGUUUGUGUGUUUCUGUAUUGUAUUUCCAUUGGAAUGUUGUAAAUUGAUUUAGAAAAAUUUAUUGUAUAAUGCAAUCAAUUCCAUACGUAUAACACAUGAAAUGGGAAAUUUUCUGUUACUUGCAGAGUAACAUUGGCACUUA